AAGAAGAAGAAAGACGGCCGUGGAACCUUUGGUUAUUGAAAGGGGACAUUAAUAGUGGCGGACCAAGAUGGCCGCGCUUCGGAUGGUAACAUCUUACCUUCGUCUCCUCAGGUAGGUGGUUUUAAACUUUAAAACAUCGUUAUAGAGAAAAGACAGUUGUUCAACCUCCUUUUUUAUUCGCUUAAUAACAGUACCAUAUAGUACAGUGUAGAAUUUGUAUUCAUUUAGGGGGUAAAGCGAGUGUUUGGUGCCAAAACACCGUAAACAACAAGAACCGGAAACACCAGAAAACAUGAUAGACUAUUUUCUCUUUUGCUUAAACAAACUACUCAAAACAGGGACAUUUUGUUUUGUUUAAACUCAAGCUGAAUAUUUGUAUUUCUUUCUACAGGGGCGCUUCUUCUCGUUUCUUGUUAAGAAACAGAAAAGCAGGGAAAUGGACCAACUUUGUGUACACCAGUAUAGCGUCUUUAUCCGUCGGUGGUGGGUUAUGUGCCAUUCCUUUUAAACAGGUGAGUUCAACACCAACCAGAGCUAGACCUUUACAAACAUACAGCUCACAGUGACUAUCAUACAUGUGCCUGACCUUGUUUGUGUCUGAUACAGGCUGACACCCUUUCUCAUGACUCUCUCAUCAAACGAGCAGCUUCUUUGGUGACGGACAGUUCCAGCACUUUCCUCUCUCAGACCACCCUGGCUCUCAUAGACGCCAUCACAGAAUACUCUAAAGUAAGUGACCUUCACAAGAGACCGAAACAUCCCUGCAGUGAGACAAAAGAGGGACAAAUGUUGGACUGAAAACACAAGAAAUAACCUGAAAAUGACCUGCUGGUGUCGUAAUAUAUUCUGUUUGUAGUGUGAUAAUGUCAAGAGACUCAGCUUUAGAAGAUCGAAAUUCAAUUCAAUUCAACUUUAUUUACAUGGAACUUUUCAUACAAAAAAUGCAAUUCAAAGUGAAAAAAACAACAACAAUAAUGACAAAAAAACCAACCCUUCCACCCACAAACACACCCAUGGACCCACGCGCACACAAAGACACACACACACACACAUACACACACACCGCACACAGUGUGAGAAUUUAAGAUAUAAUGUUAAAGAGACCUGGCCUGACACCGAGACAUUACGUGAGGAAAGAACUACCUUUAGGAAACACUGGAGAUAAAAAUGGUGAAAAGAGUAAAACCUGAUGGACUAAAAUAAGAUUCUUUUGUCUGACUCAAAAGAACGAAAGAAAACUAAUAUCAGUAUCGUAAUCGGGACAUCCCUAUCUGAAACACUCCACUGGCCAGUGUGAGAGACAUUCUGUAGAUCUGUUUCUGUCUGAAUAUCUCAUCCACGGUAUACUUCUGUUUUAUUUUUCAGCCCUAGUUAGUCUCAUGUUUAAAUGAAAAUCGUGUAUGUCCUCCCUCUGUUUGCUGACAGGCUGUGUACACACUCAUCUCACUCCAAAAGCAGUAUUUAAACUCUUUGGGUAAACUGACUGCAGCAGAAGAGGACACAAUCUGGCAGGUGAUCAUUGGCCAGCGUGCACAGGUAAGUUAAACGCCGCACCAUGAAUAUGAAAAUAGGUCCAACAGAGAAACAAAGGCCUUGUCCACAAAUAGCCGGGCAUUUGCUUAAAUGAGUACAUUUUGGCCCGACAUCCACACGAACAACAGGGUUAGGUCAUUGAAAACUGAUUUUUCAAAUUUUAAACACGACAGACAGACACAAACAGCUCAGCUCAGAAACGUAACAAAGACACAGUUAAUAUAAAAAUGAGUGUACAGUACCUACAUUGGACAAUAAAAUCAAACGUCAAUCAAAGAGUGCGUGGUGCUUUGCAGUCAGUAUAUAUGGGUGAGCAAUAAAAGAAAGAUAAUAAUACAGCAGAGAAUAAUAACAACAAACAAACGGCAGUGACCACGUAAAUGGACCUACAGCAGACCCCACCCGAACCUGCGCUCGCCCAACAGCACCCCAGCAGUGGCGCCGUCGGACAAGCACGGACUCGGAGGGGAACCCGCCACAUGGCCCACCACAGUUAUAGGAUGAGUUCUACCCAUCAAGAUCAGCGGUAUGACUUCUGUUAAGGAACCCCAUUGUCAAAGUGUCAGGAAAACUGUGCUUUUGAAAAACUCUGGCCAAAGUGAAGUUUUUGGAAAACUCUGGUUAUGCGUUUGCGUGUGGAAUUCCCAAACAUCAUUGUCUGCAACAACUAAUAGAUAACAUCAUAUACUAUGCGCCCUUGUUUAUGUCAGGCAGUGGAUGGCACAGAUCUUUACAGAAUAUAUAUUUUUGUGGGGAGCAAAGGAGGAGUGCUUUGCAGUCAGUUAUUCUACACCAAACAACCCUACCUCCACCUUUCUUGUGUCUUUACUUUAUACACCAAAAUGAUGCUUAAAAGCUAUUUCACCUCUUUGUCGGUCCACACGAACAAACUACACGGCGCUAUGUUUCAUGUCUGGAGAAGUGACUACGAGAAAGGAAAGCUUGCGCUGAUUGGAUUGAAUGGGUCGAACUUUUUGGCUAAUACCACCAACUUCAGGCAUGCUUAUAACCGUGGUCGAUAGCACACUUAUGCGGUUUUGUAUGGAUGGGAUUUUAUGUGAAAACGAUGAUGUGUGUACGACGUGACUUUUUUUUUAAGUGGAAGGUGUUGGAUAUACAUUUAUAAAAAUACCCGGCUACGUGUGUACAAGGCCAAAGUGUUUUGGAUCCAGCUUUGGUUUUAAAACUGUCUCUGCCCUGACAGAUAAAUGACAAAAAGGAUGAAUGCAAACGGUUCGAGUUAACCUGGAUGACUGCAGUCAAGCUGUGUGAAACUGCAGCGGAGGCGGCAUACACAUCAGGUGUGUAAAGCUGUCUGAGCUGUGGGAUUGAAUGGUCAGGAUGUGGGGUUUUCUCACAGAUCCUGUCCUGUUAAGUACAAGUGUUUCCCUUUGAAUCACCCCCUUCAAGUUUUGGAUGUUGCUGUGUGUGCGCUGGUUCUUUUUCAGCUGCUGUCACUGUCCCACUUUGGAUGGUGUGUGGAUCAUUUGUUGUCUGUCAGCGGGGCUUUGUGUAAAACAAAAUGGAGAUGAUGGACAACAGUGCCUUCUUAAUGACCACACCUAAUGUCUGUACUCGGCGUGAUUUAGUGUCAACCUUUGAACUUCUUUCAGCAACCAGACUGUUUGUGUUUGCAUGUGGGUGUCUGCAGGAGCUGAACAUGCGUCCAUCACGGUGAGGACAAACAUUCAGGUGGCCCUGACGCAGGUGGAGGAGGCGCAGAAGCUGUCAACGGACGCAGAUAAGAAGCUGGCUGAGACUAAAGUAAUGGAGGUUGAGAGGAUUGCGCAGUAUGCUGCAUCCUUAGAGAAUACGAAUGAGGAGGAAGAGAUUCCUGAGGCUUAUCUAAGGGAAGACUGAGACGAAUUCAUGAAGAUGGAAGAAAACCAAGUCUUUCUUUCUCAGUCUGUAAUAUGUUUGGAUUUUGGGGGUCGUAUUUGUCUCUUUUUAUCUGCACUUAAACUGCUGUGCUGAAAAAGUGAAUCACCAAUUUUGGGAUAAUGUCUCAAUAAAUGUUUGGUCUUGAACGGCUAUUUAUUUAAGUGUUGAUUCAUAACUGCUUCUUGAGGAUUAUUGAUUUUGUUUUCUUUUUAAUGUGAUUAUCUUGUGACUUGUACCGCAUCACGUUUGUGUUAUUUUCGUGUCAAAGUUUGCAUAAUAAAGACAAGACACUCAUCA